AUGUGGUCGAUGAGUGCGGAAGGUUGCCAAACACUCUCUCGUACUUAUGCUAUUGAAUCAAGCGCGUUUGUUCUUCACUGCACAGCUUUGAUCACCAAUAGAGGAAUUGAGACACAUGACAGCUCCCAUGGCCUCAUCAUGUGCAGCCCCGGCGGAGGUACCUCUGCUAUCUUUGGCCCAGACGGUCGCCGUCUGACGGAACCUGUGGAUGAGACGACAGAAACCAUCAUGUACGCCGACCUGGAUAUGGAUUCGAUCAAUCGAGCGAAGAUGUUCGCAGACUGCACCGGCCACUACAGUAGACCCGGUCUUCUGAGACUCAACGUCGACACCGAAAUUCAUGCCGUGGUGAGAUCGGAUAGGAGCAUUGAGAAGCAAUCAAAGGAGGCAGUAAUGCCUCCCCUCUGA